AGUACUAUAAAAAUAAUUAAAAAUAUACAUCAAAGAAAAAAUAAUAAAAGCAUCAAAAAAUUAAAAAGGAGAUAAAAUAAAUAAAUAACUACAGUAAAAAUCUAUAAAUAACCGGCCCACCAUUUGCAGGAAAAUAUUUUCAAAGUAGAUACAUUCCAAAAAGAAAAUGGUCAUAAAUCAAUCUCCGAGUAAUGUGGAUUCUGUUUCUCGUGCCUCUCAAAUCUAACACAACUUUUUUUCCGCCCCUCCAUUACCUUGUUAGCCAACGCCAAUUGACUUAAAAAUCUAUCUAUCCUGCAUGAUUACAAUUAAGAGAGACAACUUCGGCUCGAUAAUCUUAAGCAACAACACCGCCAUGGUGAUGCAUACAUGAAUCGCUUAAACCUACUUCCUAACGAGGAUAAAACUCUCAUGGUGAUAUUUAUAGAAUUUCUGACAACAUUCUUCAGCUAAACUAUCUCUCCAAUAGGACUUGGAUUUCCCAAAUUGUAAAGGUUCGCAUUUUUAAUCUUAUUGUUCUUGAAUUUGAUGUUCAAUUUAUUUUUUAAGAAUUUUAUAGGCAGUGAUAAUCUUAUAUUUUGAGUUUCCCAGGGACCAACGAGGAUUGAACUCCAAUUUUAAUGCCUCUUUCUAAGUUCUUGUUGAGGCUUCUUCAACUUGUAAAAUUAUAUUUUAACGAUCUUCUCCGCGAUUUAAUUUUCAGGAGCCACCACCUUCUAGAGCUUCAAAGACAACUUGGCCGAAUCUUGAAUUCUAGAGUAUUUUAUUUAUGAACAUAUUCUCAAGGGUUUGACACUAAUCUAGGGAGUACAUACAUGGAGAUUUCUAGGGAUAAUGAGUCGAUCACAAAUAGCGAAGUAGAAGAAAUUGAUAGAGAAUCCACUAAUAAUGACAUCCAACAGAAUGAAAACCAUGUCCCUCGAGUGCGUCUCCCUGGCCUAGUCCGAAAGAAAGCCUACAUAUUUGAUGGUUACGGGAAUUACUACAACAAAGAAUGGGAUCUAGCAGAAGGUAUAGGCCAGGAGUUCUGUUGGUACCAUAUUGAGCUCCCAAGAAGCAACCAGAAACUAACUUCAUCUGCACAAUGGCUCAUCGACCUUCUAUGCCCUCCCUUGAAACUCCAGGACAUCUUAUCACUAGUGAGCAACGGACCCUUCUGUGGAUAUGUAGAUGGAGCACUGGUGUUUAGAGUUAAUUCUCCCGGUCCCCCUUCGAGCAACUUUACGUUCCGAUUGGCUGCUAGAGUUACCGAAAAUUCGGUUAUUACUGUAUCAUUAGGUCACAUUCCUAGGGUAGGAUUCUCACCGACGAGCCAAUCUCUGCUUUCGGAGAUUCCUAGUGUGGAAUCUCCUUACCGUAGAGGGAGGAACAGGACAGCUGUUGGACCUGUGAUUAAAGAACAUGUUCUUGAGUUCCUCUUGACGAUGAAUCACUCGGAGGAGGCUGACAAUCCAGUUCCAAAAACAAUCUCAAAUCUUGUGGUUCAUAUUCUUGACACUCAUGUGGACCACCUUCAAGAUACUGUGACAAAAUUAGAGAUGGAGUUAGAAUCUGUGGAGCUUGACUUGGAUAAAGGCAGUUUUGCUUUGAAGAAACAAAUGCUAGAUGAUAGAAGGUUCCCAAAAAUGCACCUUAAUCUCCAACGGUUGCUUCAGGUGAUUGCACACGGGGAGCAGGUACUUCCCCGAGUGAAAGAGAAGUGCUCUUUGAGAGGGUGGUUUGCUUGUGAAGACAUUAAUGCCUUGGAAGAGUAUAUUGGGAGCCUGAGGAGGCUGAAAGAGAAUGUAGGGUUCAUAGCAAAUCGAGUAACCGCAAUUCAAGCAGGUCUUGAUAGUUGGCAAGCUGAGCAAAUCAAUAAGAAACUUUACUAUAUCUCCUUCCUUUCCAUUGUAUUCCUUCCAUUAUCAAUCAUCACUGGAGUCUUCGGCAUGAACGUGGGAGGCGUUCCAUGGACGGGGCAAGAUGAUCCAGCACUUAAAGAUGGUUUCCAGAACGUCAUUCUUAUAUGCCUUAUGAUGUUGUUGCUCGUCUUGCUAUGCUUCCUUUUGCCAUGGGCUUACACUUCUUUGGCUUCUUGGAGGCGCAGAGUGGCAAUGAGAAGGAGCUGGUCAAUAAAUAGAAAAUCAUUUCUCAGGAGAACCAUCGGAAUGAAUCACAGAGGAGGUUAUCUACGUCUAUGAUUGUCGUUUAGGAAAUCUCUAGGUAGUGUGUGCCACAAACAUGCAUUGUUUGUUGCUAACAUUAAGUUUUCAUUUCAAUCCUAAGGAUAUCCCACAUAUAUACUCCCAAUGGCUUGAACUAAGCUAACACUAUAGUGUUGGUAUUUGGCAGAGGGCCUCCUAUUUGCGCACAAAAAAACUUUACACCAUGACCUUUUGAUAUUAAUGAAAGUUGGUUUUGGUGUCGAAAGACUCGUCAUCAUAAUGACGGUUGUAAAUAAUAAUAACAUAUUUUAGUUAUCAUGCAAUGAUACUAUUUUUAUACUUUUUACUCAUUAAUGUGGGCAUUUAUAACAAAUGUGUAAUUAGUAA